AUGGCAAUGCGCUCCGUGGAGGCUCCAUCUUCCAACCUCCUGUACCACCUGCUGAUGAUGAAUGGCUGGUGGGACCUCAGCAUCCUGCUCUGCCAGGAGUGGGAUAUCGGCGACUUCCUCCUCCUCUUAAAGAACAACACCCGUUUCCGCCUGGGCACCGUGGUCAACCUGACAGCUACGAUACCCUCGCCAUCUUCAUCACCCCCCUCAGCGGGGGUCCCGGCGCGGGGGGAUGUGGUCCCUUCACCCGGCUCGCUUUCUACUGUUUCGUCCCCUGUGUCCACCUCCUCCUCCAAAUUAGACCAGCAGCAAGCUGUCAUGCGGCAACUGGAGGCCCUCAGAGAAUUCUCAUCCAGAGCCGGAGUGCUGACUUUUGGGUGCGACAUCAGGGAGGUGCGCCGGUUAUGGACCUUAGCCACCAGGAUGUCGCUCCCAGACUUUCACUGGAUCUUGGGUGACAGCCAGAAUGUGGCCGAGCUGAGGACGGAGGGGCUGCCGCUUGGGCUUCUGGCCCACGGGAUCAUGGGAUCUCCUUCCCUGGAUCACUAUGUCAAGGACUCGUUGGAGCUGAUUGCGCGUGCGGUGGGCUGUGCCGCCCAAGAGAAUCCUGCCAUGGCGCUGAUACCGGGAACUAUCAACUGUAUGGAUGCACAGCAGAGCAACAGGAGUUCAGGGGAAUACUUGGCAAGAUUUCUGGCCAACACCACGUUCGAGGGCCAGAGUGGGUUUAUUUCCAGACAGAGUCACAGUCAGAAAGUCAACUCGGAGGCCCAUCACUACAUCUGGUCCCUCCAGCUGGACCCCCUCGGUCAGCCAACCUGGACACGCUUGGGACGCUGGCGCAGUGGGAGAGUUCUGAUGGAUCAGGGGGCUUGGCCAAGUCAUCCCGGGUCGAGGGGCGGAGGCGACUGGCGCCGAUCCACUCGGCUGCACAUGAGAGUGGUGACUUUGGUGGAGCACCCGUUUGUUUUCACCCGUGAGGUGGACGGGGACGGGUUGUGUCCAGCAGGCCAGCUGUGCUUGGAUCCACUCACGAAUGAAUCCGCAAUCUUGCAAGGACUUUUCCAGAACCUCGGAGGGCCCAAUGGGUCUGUUCCAACAGAGCUGAAGAAAUGUUGCUAUGGUUACUGCAUUGACCUGUUAGAGAAACUGGCGGAGGACUUGGGCUUUACUUUUGAUCUUUAUAUCGUCGGCGACGGGAAGUAUGGUGGAUUUAAGAACGGCCGCUGGACGGGAUUGGUCGGUGAUCUGCUGAGUGGGGCCGCUCACCUGGCCGUAACAUCUUUUAGCAUUAAUUCGGCCAGGAGCCAAGUGAUUGACUUCACCUCACCCUUCUUCUCCACCAGCCUGGGAAUUCUGGUUCGCACCCGCGACACGGCGGCGCCCAUCGGUGCCUUCAUGUGGCCUCUCCACUGGUCCAUGUGGCUCGGCAUCUUCGUCUCUCUCCACGUCACGGCCAUCUUCCUCACCCUGUACGAGUGGCACAGUCCUUUUGGGAUGACGCCGCGCGGACGCAACCGCGACCGAGUCUUCUCCUUUUCCUCAGCGCUCAACGUGUGCUACGCCAUUCUGUUCGGGAGAACGGUGGCCAUAAAACCGCCCAAGUGCUGGACCGGACGUUUGCUGAUGAACCUUUGGGCAAUCUUCUGUUUGUUCUGUCUGUCCACCUACACCGCUAACCUGGCCGCCGUCAUGGUCGGGGAGAAAACCUAUGAGCAACUGUCAGGGAUACACGAUCCAAAGUUGCACCAUCCCUCUCAGGGAUUCCGGUUUGCUACAGUAAGAGAAAGCAGCGCAGAGGACUAUCUCAAGAAGAGUUUCCCAGAGAUGCAUGAAUACAUGAGAAGAUACAAUGUCCCGGCAACACCAGAUGGCAUCGGCCAACUCAAGGCCGACCCCCAGAAACUGGAUGCAUUCAUCAUGGACAAAGCCCUGCUGGACUAUGAGGUCUCCAUAGAUGCAGAAUGCAAAACGCUGACAGUUGGGAAGCCCUUUGCAAUAGAAGGCUAUGGCAUUGGCCUCCCUCAGAACUCUCCUCUCACCUCCAACUUCUCAGAGCUUGUUAGCCAGUACAAAUCCGACGGCUUCAUGGACAUGCUCCACGACAAAUGGUACAAGGUAGUGCCCUGUGGGAAGCGCAGCUUUGCCAUGACUGAGACGCUGCAGAUGGGUAUUAAGCAUUUCUCCGGCCUGUUCGUGAUGCUGUGUGUGGGUGUGGCCUUAUCUCUGAUAACAACAUUAGCUGAACACAUUGUGUACAAACUGGUGAUCCCAAGAGUCAAGGAGCCGCGAUACAGAUACUGGCUGCAUACUAGUCAGAGAUUACAUCGAGCCCUCAAUUCAGUCUAUUGCGAUGACAAACUAGCUGUCGCCAAGCCCGAAAAGAGGUGCAAUGAGGGAAAUAAUCAGUCAGCCUCCUGGAAUUCUGCAGAAUCCUCCCUCUGCAACAGGCGAAGGUUCCUUCCACAAGACGUGCAGAAUGACCUGGAACUUCCCUCCUCCCAGGAUCUUCCACCUCCACCGCCCCCUUCUCCCCUCCCUCACCCUCACCCCCACACCCUUCCCCUUUUGGAGAAGAACCGCCCGACGGUAACCACCUCCAACGGUCGGUCAGAUCUCUUAGGGCGGAGCUCUGGCCACGGACAAGGGGGAUCCGGGCAGGGCGGGGUACCGUUUCAAGGGCUGGGCGUGGGCCGGAAUCCGCUGGUUCAAGAACUGUCAGAGCUGGAGGGUCAGAUUCUCGUCAUCAAGCAGCAGCUGCAGUCGGCCAUGAGGAGAAAGAGAGAGCUAGAACAGUACCAAUCAGAAAACCAGCAAGCAAACCAGACUGCCAUCAGUCCGCCCAGCGCACACCAGUUUGCUCAGUUCACUCAGCCCCACCAGCAGACUAACCAACACACAAACCCUCGCCCAGAUUUCUGA